AUGAGUCACGUCGCUCGUGCAGUCGUAGCUGCAGGUCUCACGGCAGCUGCAAAUGCUUCAUCUCUCGCCGAUGUUUGUACCGUCUCGAACGUCCAGGCCGCUCUGCCUGCCAAUGGUACUCUUCUCGGCAUCGAUCUGAUCCCUUCCGCUGUUACCGCAAGCGCUGUCUACAAUGCUUCCACUAGCAUGGGAGGAGGUAUGGGCGGUAUGAGUUCUGGCUCCGGAAGCACCUACAGCUACUGCAACGUUACUAUUACCUAUACUCAUACUGGCAAGAACGAUGAGGUUGUUGUCAAGUAUGCCUUCCCUCAGCCAUCCGACUUCAAGAUGCGCUUCUACGUUGCUGGUGGAGGUGGUUUCUCCCUCUCCAGUACCGCAACUGGAGGUCUUGAGUAUGGCGCUGUCGGUGGUGCCACUUCUGCUGGAUACGAUGCUUUCGACUACAGCUACGACGAGGUUGCCCUCGCCGGCAAUGGAUCCAUCAACUGGGACGCAACAUACAUGUUUUCCUACCAGGCUCUAGGCGAGAUGACCAAGGUCGGCAAGUAUAUCACCGAAGGCUUUUACGGCUUGAACAACACCAAGAUCUACACCUACUACGAGGGCUGCUCUGACGGCGGUCGUGAGGGUAUGAGCCAGGUCCAACGCUUCGGAGAUGAAUACGAUGGAGCCAUCACUGGUGCACCUGCCUUCCGCUUUGCUCAGCAACAAGUCCAUCACGUCUACCCAGCGGCUGUCGAACAUACCAUGGACUACUACCCUCCUCCCUGUGCACUGGCCAAAAUUGUGAAUGCGACCAUUGCCGCUUGCGAUCCUCUCGAUGGACGAACAGAUGGCGUCAUCUCCCGUACCGAUCUCUGCAAAUUGCACUUCAAUCUGAGUUCCAUUAUUGGAGAAUCUUACUACUGUGCCGCCGAGACUAGCUCGUCCUUGGGUUUCGGGUUCAGCAAGCGUCAGGCUGAGGGUAGUCAAACCAGCACCACUCCCGCACAGAACGGCACUAUCACCGCUCAGGAUGUUGCAGUCGCUCAAGCUGUCUAUGAUGGCCUCCACAACUCGAAGGGCGAGCGUGCAUACCUCUCUUGGCAGAUUGGUUCUGAGCUGUCUGACGCUGAUCCGACUUACAACACCAACACCAGCUCCUGGGAGCUCAACAUCCCUUCAACUGGCGGCGAGUACGUGACCAAGUUUGUUCAGCUUCUUGACCUCGACAACCUCUCCGAUCUUGAUGGCGUCACCUACGAUACACUCGUUGAUUGGAUGACCAUCGGUAUGGUCCGCUACCUUGACAGUCUUCAGACCACUCUUCCCGACCUCACUACCUUCAGAGAGACUGGCGGCAAACUCCUCCACUACCACGGCGAGUCUGACCCCAGUGUUCCUGCUGCUUCUUCGGUCCACUACUGGCAGUCAGUUCGCUCUGUCAUGUACGGUCAUCUCUCGCAAGAAGAAGCACAGAAAGAGCUACAAGACUGGUAUCAGUUUUACCUCAUCCCUGGUGCUGCCCACUGCGGAACCAACAGCCUUCAGCCUGGUCCUUACCCCGAGAAUAACAUGAACAUCAUGAUCGACUGGGUUGAAAAUGGCAACAAGCCUUCGCGUCUUAAUGCUACCGUCUCGUCGGGCGAUUACGAGGGCGAGACUCAGAUGCUGUGCCAGUGGCCAAGCCGUCCUCUGUGGCAUGGUAACAGCACUUUCGACUGCGUCAACGACAAGGCCUCUAUCGACAGCUGGACUUACACCUUCCCUGCUUUCAAGACAGUUGUCUACUAG